GUGGGGCAGAUUAAACAGUCACACUCUCCCUAUGUCUCACUCUCUGUCUCUUUUGCACACAUGGACAAAAGGACGGGGGUUGGACAGUCACAACCUGUCUCGCGGUCAAAGCCGGCUCUCGAUCACAGUCACGCUGACCAGAGCUGACCCCUCUCUCUCAUUCUCUCUCCCUGCUUUCUCUUUUUCAUUUUGAAAAAAUAAUAUUUUGCCUGGUCCCCUUUUCAGUUAUUGGGAAUUUCUUCUUUUUGCUUUUUCCUUCGACCUACUCGCCGCGCCAUGGACUUCGGAUCGGAGCUUAUCUUCCACUGUGUGGGAUGUUUACAGGAAGCAGGAACGUUGUUCCCGGCCCUCCGGUCUGACUUGUAGGACUGUGGCUCUAGCUUGGGCUUCAGCAGGUCACAUCCUGGCAUCAUGCACCAAACUCCAGCGUCUUACUCACAGUACAUAUCAGAGGAUGGCCGAUCGUCUUCAGGCACCCGGCCCGGCUCCUCGGGCUCCGGGCAGACCUACACUCCCACCUUGACCCCCACCCCGACUCACACAACCACCAGCACCAGCCCCAGUAACAAUGCUGCCCCCAAAACGGACUCGUUGCUCUUCAACAAGAUCGACGAGAGACAGAGGUUAGCCCGUGAGCGCCGGGAGGAGCGUGAGAAGCAUAAUGCUGCCAAGGAGGCCCAGUGGCAGGCGCGAGAGGAGCGAGCCAGGCUGCACUAUGAGAAGCAGGUGGAGGAGAGGCGGAGGAGGCUGGAGGAGCAGAGGGUGAAGGAGGACAGAAAGCGGGCUGCCGUGGAGGAGAAGCGACGGCAGAAACUGGAGGAAGACCAGACUCGUCAUGAGGCGGUGAUCCGUCGCACGCUGGAGAGGAGCCAGAGAACCAGGCCGAAGCCCGUCCGCUGGUCCUGGGGAGGGGCGCUGCAGACAAACACUCCCAGCGCGCCGGCCGGUUUUGUCGAGUCGGCUUUCCUCUGUCCACUCGACCUUGCUGGACUGGAGCACAUGCAGGGUGCUUUCAGUCCCUACCGCAGAUACGGAAUGACCUCCCAAUAUGCCGACAGGCGGUCAGUUUCCACAAUGAAUUUAUCCAAACACCCAGACCCCGUUUUUACCAAGCGCCUGUCCUACUCCUCUGCUACACUCCUACACUCACCGGACCGAGGUUUACAGAUGAGAACCACCUCGUCCCCUGUCAUUAGUAAAUCUCAGUCCAAACCCCGACUCCACCAGGGAAAGACCACCCAACACAAAAACACAGGCCUGCGCCGUCUUCCGUUGACGCCAUGGGAGAGCAACGUGGUGAACCGCCUGCAGCAGCCGACGCACUCCUACUUGGCUCGGAGCCGCAGUGCCACGAGUCUGUCUGGAGAGCAAACCGCCAUGCCUGUUUGUCCUCGCUCAGUGUCCUGCCACCCCAUGGGCUCCAUGUCCUUCAAAGCCCUGCAGGCCCAGCCGCUUCCUCACUGCCGCAGCCAGGAGAGGAGCCUCGGCAAGGGGGCCGUCUCGUCGUCCACCACGACCGCUCGCAGGAGGACCGCCGGCACCACACAGCAGCAGAAGGACCGUGACCACGUCAGGAAGUCAUGGAGCAACCUGUCACUACCCUUGGCUCCUAUUUUCACUCUGCCCCCCAGAAAGCGCUCCUCUUCUCCAGGCAAGAAGAGCAGAAAAGGGACAGCGCCCUCACCUGGCAGGCCUCCACAAAAGUCACCUGGGCGACCCCCAACUCCCAAGCUGCUUAAGUCUCCGGGGGCAGAUGACCCUGGAAAUCUCCGUCCUUUCAGGGCCACGCCAGAGAGCCCCCAACCCACCAAAGCCCCUAAAGAGGAGGAAGCCGAGCAGGUUCUCAGUCCUCUUCAGCCUCGGCUUCAGCCGCUGGGUCAGAACAGGACCAGUAGUGAACAGGCCGCUACAGCAGCCAGCGAGAGCGCUUGCAGUCCACCAGCCCACAAGCCCUCAGCAGGCACCACAGACCCAGAGGAGGCGAGCCGGAUCCUGGCCGAGAAUCGGCGCCUGGCCCGCGAGCAGAGAGAGAGGGAGGAAGAGGAGCGAAAGCAACAGGAGGAGCAGAGGAGGUCGGCGCAAGAGGAGAUGGCUCGCCGUAAGGCCGAGGAGCGGGCGAAGCGAGAGGAGGAGGCUCAGCUUCAGGCGGAGGAGACCAGAAGGAAAGAGGAGGAGGAGAGGAAGGUGGAAAAAAAGGUGGAGGAGGAGAGGCUUCAGCGAGAGAGAGAGGAGGCAGAGAGACUCCAGAAGCAGAAAGAGGAGGAAGAGUCUCGGCAAAAAGAAGAGGCGGAGCGGGUGAGACUGGAGAGAGAGAAACACUUCCAGAAGGCGGAGGCCGAGCGCUUGGAGCGUAAAAAGCGUCUGGAGGAGAUCAUGAAGAGAACGAGACGUUCAGACACGGCAGAGAAGAAAGCUGUUCCCAACAGGAACGGGGACGACGCAGUGACUCCCGCCGCUCCAAGUCCGUCUGCGGCGGCGGCGUCACCGACACUCAACAGCAACGGCAGCGGCCACCGACCUGAGUCCAACGCCACAGCGCUGAGCCGCCCCGACCAGAGGGAGAACGGGGAGUUUGAAGAGGUGAUUGUACUGCCUUCCGAUUCCAGGUGGUCUCCUCCUGAGGGAGAGGAGGAGCAGGAGGAGCGAGUUCCUGUUUUAGCCUUCAGGGAGAACGGUCUCACAAAGCCUCUGAGUGGAAUAGAGGAUAUCUCAUUGCAUCAGGGACCAGAUGUUGCCUGAUGCGCCCGUUGGAUCGAGAUGAUUCCACACCCACAGAGACGUGAAGUGAGACGGCCUCAGAGAGGUUUCCCCCGACGCUGUUGCACUGAAUCAAAGGAAGGACUCGCAGCAGCAGUCGGAGCCUUGCAGAGGUUCACUUCCUCCCCCGACAGAAGAGCACCGCGGCCAUUUCCUAAAGAUCUCCCAAAAUAACUCCGUCACAACUAGCCGUGUGUGUGCGCGUGCGCUAAAAUGAGAUCAGCCACAAUACUUGAAGAGAUUUUUUUUUGUUGUUGCUGUACAACACAUUGUAAUCGUCGUUUGAACUGGAACUUGCGCAACAGGCUCCGAAUAACCAGGUUUCAUCAACGCGUUUGCACUCUUUAACUGGAGCCUCAUAACUAAACAUCUUCAAUGUUUCCAUUGAAAUGGGAUAAAGGAAUAAUGUCGGUGCAUGAAGUGUAAUGUACUUUUGCUGUGUCCAGUGUUUAAGACUAGAGGUUAUUAUUGGGGUGAGGCAGGGGCACUGGAGUAAUGUGCUUUAAGUUAAAUGAAAAUACUGUCAACUGAGAAUUAUGGUGUAAACUGAUUGUUUUUGUUUAGUUUUAUUUCAAUUCUGUACAGAUGAAAUGUAAUUCUUUGUCGUCCUCGGUAAUGUCUGUUAGGAAUUUAGGAAAAAAAAGAAUCUGCUUUGACGUUAAGUCCUGCCCUUUCCUUUAAUUUGUUUACCGUUUAGAUUUACUCCAUCGAAUUAGACGUGGGUGGCCACGUCUAACUCGGCCGGUGUUGGAGGUGGACUAUUUAUUUUCUCAAAACAAAAUCAUUUGCUGGUGAUGUUUAAUCUUAAAUAAUCCGAUGUGUUUGUUUUGACGCUCCUUUGCCUUACCGCAUCACAGGGAGAAAGAGGUGACUUGUCUUCCUUGCUGAAAUGAAGCCAUGCAUUCCCAGCACACUCUGGUCAGCAGCUUGAAGUUUAUGAAAACUGUCAAAGCAACUUUUUGUGAAUGAAAGACAAGGGGAAUAGCAUAAAACACUGAAACCAAAAUCACCUGUUUGUACCACCAAAAAGAGAAAGAAACUUGGUUAUGUGGUGCUGGUUUCUUCCAGAAGUACAUACAAUUCUAUUCUUGACUUAUUAAAAUAAAUUGCUUGUAAAUAAUAUUAUACAUAUCCUAUAAAUUGUUUGAGAGCAGAUAUAUUUUACUAAGACUGACCACGAAGGCUCGAAAAACAAGCCCUUUACUUCACGAGAGGCUGUGGGACGAGAUCUUUGAGCUGUACUGUUUGGCAAGUGAAUAAAACUUUGAAUUGAUUAACCAA